AUGAUAGACACAAUAGAUAAAGAAGACUCUAUGCUUCCGUCUAUUUAUGGCUUAGAUGAACACGUAAACUUUGAGAUAGAUUCAAACGACAAUGACAUGAACGGUGAUUCGAAUGCAAAUGCGAGCGACUCCCAAAAUGAAAUUGUUUUAGAAAUAAUAGAUAUUAACGAGGAUGGACAAGAAACAAUUCUAAAUAAAGAAAGUGUGACACUACCAGAAGAUGAGACACAAACCCAACAUGUAAACGAAACCAUAAUGGCCGAAGAAAAUAAUAAUAUUUUAGAAAAUGUUGAUACAAAUACCCCUACCAGAAAACGCAAACGAAAUCCAAAUGGGUGGAAGCAAAAUAUACGGAAAGAAAACCGUCAACAUGGUAAAGAAUAUAUUAAUACAAAGGGCAAGUUAGUUGCUCAUAAAUCGGUAAAAACAACUGGAUGCAAAACAGAAAAAUGUAGUUUUAAAUGUGAAGAGAAAAUUACAGUUAUCGACAGAGAAAAUAUAAACAGAAAAUUCUGGAGCCUUGGCGACGAAAUAAAAAAUCAUUUUUAUUCUAAGCAUAUUAGAAGAUACCCAGCAAUACGAAAAAGAACUAAAAAUGAAAAUAGCAGGAAGACUUAUUCUUACGAUUACUUUCUUUAUGUCUCUGGUGUAAAAAUUAAAGUGUGCCAAGAGUUUUUCCUGAAUACUUUAAACAUUAGCAAAAGUCGGGUUUACUACUUUUUUCAAAAAGUCGAAAGUCCCAAGUCCAACGUUCCACGGGCUCCUAUUACAGGAAAACAUCAGAAAAAGGUAGUCCCAGACGAAGAUAAAGAAAAACCAAAAAAGGACUUAUGUGAUAAAUGCGAAGGUUUUAAAGUAAAUAGAAAUGCAAGUACAGAAGAAAAAAUGGAAUAUGAAGAACACCUGAAAAGAAAAAAUAUAGGUAGACAAGAGCGACAGAGAGACAGGGAAGCCUAUAUUGAUGAUGAUACGCUUAUUUGCGGUAGAGCUGGUGUUCACAUUGCCAAUGCUAUAAUAAGAAUUUUGAAAAGAGUUAUUGAGGACAAUCCGCAGCUAGAGAAAAUUAUUUUGUGGUCUGAUAGUUGCGUACCACAAAACAGGAAUUCCAUUUUGUCAUUCGCUCUACAGUAUUUCCUUAACUCGCCAGAGUCUGGAAAUUUGAGGAGGAUUGAACAAAAGUUUGGAGAACCAGGACAUGGCAAUGUUCAGGAAGUCGACGCAGCUCACAGCUGCAUUGAGAGAUUUAUUAAGAAUUUGGAAAUAUGGAGUCCUCUAACUCUGGUUCGCAUACUCUUGAAGAUUCCAAAUACAUGGAAGCUGAAAUUUUCUGUUUUACAGAUGAAACCAGCUGACUACAAGAACUAUCAACUGCUUUCUGGGACAUUUAAUUACAAUGAGAUUCCAUACACAAAAUUGAAACAUAUAAUUUAUGACAAGAGAUCAAUAUUUAAUGUUAAAUUCAAAACAUCAUUUGAAGGAGAAUCAUCUGAGGUGAGGUUAGUGCCUCUGAAAAAAUAUAGAAAUAACAACCAUGUAGGCAUAGAGUUUCCAACGUCUAUCCCAAAUAUAAACUUGGCUGUAAAAAUAAAUGAUGUGAAAAGAAAACAUUUACUUGAAAUGAUGGAUUAUAUGCCCGAAGAUGAAAGAAUAUUCUAUAAAAAUUUAAUGCCCACGGAGAAAACUGCUGCAAAUAAGCAGAUUAUGGUGAAGAAAACCAAUAAGCCAUCCAAGGGCUUGGAGACUAUUUUAAAAAAAUACCCUGAUGGACAAUUAGUCCUUAUUCACAAGGAUAAACUCAAUAACGACUUGAAAGGGAAAUUAACCAAAAUCAUAAUAAGUGAAUUUUUUGGGUUAUUUCCAAUAAACGAUAUCAAGCCGAAUAUUUUCAUGAAAGUGGCAAAAGAAAUAGAAGAGUUUUUUCCAUUGGAAAAAUCAGAUACCUACUACUUGCCAUAUGAUCCAGAACACAAAAAAGGGCCCUCUGGAAAACUUUACACGAAAUUUAUAAAUACAACGUCUUCCCUAAAAUUGGCUAAUGCAUCUAUUCAAGGCAAGCAGAAAAGCAAAAACGAUGAAAAGGAAAAUAGCCCUUUAAAUAAAGAUGACGAAAUAAAUAUUACAUUUUUAAAACGUGCAACUGAACCUAUAGGGAGAAUAUUUGAAAGCUGGGAAGCCACAUUUAAAUUAAGGAGAAAAUUAUACCUUAAUGCAAGUCUUCAAAAAAUUUUUGAGGAUUUUCCCUGUCUCAAGUUGAACCAAGGACUGGAUUUGAUCGAAACUGAUUUUAACAAACGGUUUCCAGAAUCAGUUGACGCGAUUUAUACAAAUUGGGAGAAAGUCCGUCCUGCAAUUCGUUUAGAAAUAAAGGUAAGAAAAAUUAGAGGAUUUGGAUUAGGUGAUGAUAUUGAAGACUAUAAAAAAAUCUAG